AGAUAUAUACUCUUUGAAAAAUAAGUUUGAGCGGUAAAAUGAUUAUAGAAAGUGUUUUUGAUUCAGAUUGAUAAUAUUACAAUAAUUACAAAAUGAUGGAUUUAAAAGCUUGUGCAAUAUGUUUGACUACGGACACGGACUCCAUUGGCGUGAAAUUCUAUGAAAUGGAUGUCGGGUUAAGAGUCGAAUACAACAUAGUAUCAGGAUUACGAACACAAAAGGGAGAUGGCUUCCCUGGGUACCUUUGUUACGAGUGUUUCGCCUACGUAAAGCGUUUCAUAAAAUUUAGAAAUAAAUGCCAGAGAACCCAUUAUGCUCUCAAGCAACUUCUUGACAACAGAAAACAAGUAACUAAAGCCGCUAUUGAAGUCAUUGAUCGUAAAUUAUUAAAUGUCGAGCCAUCCCUGUCUUACUUAGAAAGUAAUCGAACACAUUACGAGCAAGUAAAGUUUCGAUGGGUAAAGCACAACCGCUUCAGUGAUGUAAAAGGUGAAGUACCGAUCAUGCAUCACAGUACAACGGAUACAGUCAAAUUUGAGAUCCCCAAAAAUGUUACUAUUAAAGCUGAAAUAGAUGAAGAAAAGACAGAUCAAGAUGUUAGUAUGCCUCUAUCAGAGAAUAUUAAAGAGUCUGAUGAUUUCAAUCAAACACUACCACAAGAAGUGGAGUAUUCAAAUGAUGAGAAUGUAUACCAAGAGUACUAUGCUAGUAACCCAGAAAGUGAUAAUAAUGAUUACGUUGAAGAGGCUAAAGAUAAUGGUGAAAUAAAAAAUGAGGAUGAAGAGGUAGACGGCUGUAAUUUGGACGAGGAGUAUGCUAGUGUAGUACCAAUUACUAUGAAUGAAGCAAAGGCUGCUGUAGAAGUGUACAAAAUGUUCAGUUUUGGAAAAUAUUCUUGUAACAUAUGUACAAAAUCAUUCUUUAGUGAAAAUAGAUUGAUAGCACAUAUGAGAAUGCAUGAUAAGCAUAUAAGUGGUACAUAUUGCUGUGAGUUAUGUAAUUAUUAUUACAAAACUGAAUUUCUUUUAAAAACUCAUAUGACCGAAAAACAUAUGUAUAAAUAUAUAUGUAGAAAAUGUCCCGAAGUUAGUUUUGAUAGAACUUCAGCUAAGCAACAUUUCAUUUGGACACAUUUACAAAAAGGGACCUCUAAAGACUUUAACUGGUACGAAACUAGACCUACUUGGUUGAGUAACCGAGGUGGGAAGAGACACAAGGGUGUGGUAUCACUCCGUCCAGUACGGAGAAUCACAAAGUUACCUGAUGACUUCUUGGUAUAUUCUCCUGUGACUCAUGAAGAGCAGUACCAGAUUGUGGAAGCAAGACAAACUAGUAUGAAUUAUUUGGAAGCAAAAUUCAAAUGUAAUUUGUGCUAUAAAGGUUUCCGUGAGAUUGUUACAUAUAAUAAACAUAUGAAGAAACAUAAUCCGGCUUUCUCCGGCGACUACCAAUGUGAUGUGUGCAAGUUGUACUUCAAGGAUUUAAGGAAGAUGUACAAACACAUGAACAUUACUCAUUUGUAUAAAUAUUCCUGUCAAAUGUGCAGUUAUGUUUGCUAUAACAAAGGUCAAGCACACUUGCAUUACAGAUGGCAUAAGAAUGUGACAUAUAAAUGUCAACAUUGUGACAAAGUGUUCAAGAAAUCAUCAACACGUUUAACUCAUAUAAGAAUAAAGCAUCCGUCAACAAAUAUAUGUGAAUUGUGCGGACACAGCUUUGUCAGUGAGACUGGAUUAUAUUGUCAUAAGAGAAUUGCACAUAGUAAUGAGGAGAUAGAAGUAAGUGAAGAUGUGAAGAUAGAUGUGAACGAUCCAUUGUACUGCGCAGACUGUAACAUCUGUUUCAAGAACCAAGAGGCCUACACCACACACUUUGGUAGCUCCAAGAAUCAUUCCAGUACUAAUUUGUCGAUCAAUCAAAAUGGCGUGACAAAGAGACGUCGUGUGACUCGACGCGACACAUCUCUCAUCAUCAACAACGGCGUGCCAACUGUCACCAGAUGUGAAGUUUGCGGCGAAUGUCUGCACAACGACGUGGCGGCUCGCAAACACUACGAGGCGCAGCAUCCCGGCGUUGAUUAUCUCAAGCGGUACAUGUGCGACGUCUGCGGACACAAAACUAGGCAAUAUGCCAACCUGAUGGUGCACAUGCGUGUACAUACAAAUGAGAAGCCAUACCAAUGUCCUCACUGCGACAGGCGCUUCAGUAUGCCCAGUAACAGGGACAGGCAUCUUGUUGUGCACACCGGUGAGAAGCGGUACCAGUGUCAGUUGUGUAGCAGACGUUUUACACAGAGUAGUGCUGUGAAGCUGCACAUACAGACUGUACAUCUCAAGAUACCAUACGCACCCUGGGAUAAGAAGAACAGGAAACGUCGUCGCGAGGUGGAGGCGCCAUCGCUGCCGCUACCUGCGCCUGUGCCGCAGAAAGUGGAGCUCGACAAUGUGGACUAUCUGCAUGCUUAUAUCUCUUAUAAUGAUGAAUAACUUUGUAUCAUCAUCAUCAUCAUCAUCUCAGUAUACAUCACCACUAAGGGACUAGCUUAAAUCUAGAGGGGAAAGGUAGGAAAAAUCUUUUUUUUAUGCAAAAAAAAAGUUUUUUCCUAUAUUUUAUAAUGCUUAUUAGCUAGAGAAUGGAAGAAAGUGACAAGUAGUUUUUGAGUUAUCUAUGUGGAAGUAUUUAAAAAUAGUUUAUAUACCUAUUUUAUA